GCCUGGAGACGAGAUGUCCACCUGGAGAUAACAUGUCUACCUGGAGACAAAACGUCCACCUGGACACAAGACGUCCACCUGGCGAUAACAUGUCUGCCUGGAGACGAGAUGUCCACCUGGAGAUAACAUGUCCACCUGGAGACAAAACGUCCACCUGGAGACAAGAUGUCUACCUGGCGAUAACAUGUCUGCCUGGAGACGAGAUGUCCACCUGGAGAUAACAUGUCCACCUGGAGACAAGACGUCCACCUGGAGAUAACAUGUCCAUCUGGAGAUAACAUGUCCACCUGGAGAUAACAUGUCUGCCUGGAGACAAGAUGUCCACCUGGAGACAAGACGUCCACCUGGUGGUAACAUGUCUGCCUGGAGACAAGACGUCCUCCUGGAGACAAGACGUCCACCUGGAGAUAACAUGUCUACCUGGAGACAAAACGUCCACCUGAAGACAAGAUGUCCACCUGGAGACAAGACGUCCACCUGGAGACAAGACGUCCACCUUGAGAUAACAUGUCCACCUGGAGACAAAACGUCCACCUGGAGACAAGACGUCCACCUGCAGACAAGACUUCCACCUGGAGAUAACAUGUCUACCUAGAGACAAAACGUCCACCUGAAGACAAGACGUCCACCUGGAGAUAACAUGUCCACCUGGAGACAAGACGUCCACCUGGAGAUAACAUGUCCACCUAGAGACAAAAUGUCCACCUGGAGACAAGACGUCCACCUGGAGACAAGACAUCCACCUGGAGAUAACAUGUCCACCUGGAGACAAGACGUCCACCUGGAGAUAACAUGACCACCUGGAGACAAGACAUCCACCUGGAGAUAACAUGUCCACCUGGAGACAAGACGUCCACCUGGAGAUAACAUGUCCACCUGAAGACAAGACGUCCACCUGGAGAACACAUGUCUACCUGGAGACAAAACGUCCACCUGGAGAUCACAUGUCCACCUGGAGACAAGACGUCCACCUGGAGAUAACAUGUCCACCUGGAGACAACAUGUCUACCUGGAGACAAAACGUCCACCUGGAGACAAGACGUCCACCUGGAGAUAACAUGUCCACCUGGAGACAAGACGUCCACCUGGAGAUAACAUGUCCACCUGGAGACAACAUGUCUACCUGGAGACAAAACGUCCACCUGGAGACAAGACGUCCACCUGGCGAUAACAUGUCCACCUGGAGAUAACAUGUCCACCUGGAGACAAGACGUCCACCUGGAGAUAACAUGUCCACCUGGAGAUAACAUGUCCACCUGGAGACAAGACGUCCACCUGGAGAUAACAUGUCCACCUGGAGACAACAUGUCUACCUGGAGACAAGACGUCCACCUGGAGAAGACCUUGAGCUUAUACUGAAGUCCAUUAUUGCCUUUAAUCAUGUCAGUAAGGCGACUGAAGUCCUCGAGUCCAAUGCUGUGUGUGUGUGUCUGAGUGUGUGUGUGUGUGUGUGUGUGUGUGUGUGUGUGUGUGUGUGUGCGUGUGUGUGUGCGUGUGUGUGUGCUACCACAGAUUAACUCAGACAGAAAAGAAGAAAGAAAAGAAAGACAGGAAGUGCUGGCAAAGACAGGAAAUACACUCAGACCUCACAAUGUCAGUAAAACACUUACUUUCACACACCAAUCAGAGGAGGGUGUGUGAGGUGAGAGAGACAGUUAAGGUGCCCUCGCUCGCCCACAUGACCUGCGUGUAUGUGUGUGUUGCAGUAUUUCUAUCCAUCUGAAGACAUUUAAUUAGGUCCUCAUAAUAAUACAAAUACCAGUCUCUCUCUCUCUCUCUCUCUCUCUCUCUCUCUCUCUGUGUGUGUGUGUGUGUGUGUCUGUGUGUGUGGGAGAGACAUGAUUUCAUCUGAGGGCGAGCGAGCUGAAGAAUGAGAGAGAAAAUAAGAGAGAGAGAGGAGGGAGGGGUGAGAAAGCUGAGACAGAGAGAGAGGAACAUCUGAGCGCGUGCAGAAGAGGCGGACAGCAGACGGAUGAGGAGCCGGACGGGGUGGGAGUCGAACCAGCGGCAGCUCUCAGCUGAUCAACAAACAAACAGGUGAAACAAACAAGCUCCGCCCACCUGCAGGUGUGUCUCCAUGGCGACGGGUGUGUGCCUGCUGCUGAGUGUGUGUGCCAGCGUGUGUGUGGCGUUCAACGUGGACACAGCGUUCCCGCUGCUGAAGACAGGAGAGGAUGGGAGUCUGUUUGGACUGUCCCUGGCCCUGCACCAGGACCUGAAGACCGGGACCUACCUGCUAUUGGUCGGAGCUCCCAGAGAGAAGGCGGAGCCUGAAGUCCCAGCCAAUCGGACAGGAGGAGUGUACAGUUGCCUGAUCACUGCUGACCAAUCAGACUGUAGAAGGAUGACACUCAUAGAUCCAGACCUGAAUCUCUCUGAGGACCUGGUGGAGGACAUGUGGCUGGGCGUCUCAGUAGCCAGUCAGGGUCAACCUGGGGGGCGGGUCCUGGCGUGUGGUCAUCGCUUCGUCAAACUCUAUGGAGCGCUCAAACUCCGACACAUGAUUGGUCGUUGCUAUCUCCGUGGAAACAACCUGCAGUAUGACGACAAUGACAUGCACUGGCAGAACCCUGAGCAGCCCUGCAGUCACCUGGGUGAUGUCACCGGUGAGGUCAUGUGUAACAUGGGGAUAUCUGCUUUCAUCACCGAGACCGAGGUCAUCGUCGGCUCACCUGGAAGCUACGAGUGGCAAGGAAAUGUGCACGUGUCCUGGAUGAACCCUGAGGUGGAGUUUGACACCCAGAAGUUUUCCUUCUCCAACCGGCAGCGUAGAAACAUCUACACAGGAUAUUCAGUCACCCAGGACCUUCGUCUUCUCUCUGAGGAAGAUGAGACCAUCGUAGCAGGAGCUCCUAAAGACAGUAAGGAGGACGCUCGUGGCUCCGUGCUGCUGGCGGUCAAACAGUCCGGCGUUCUGGUCGCUAAGCAGACUCUGCGGGGUCAACAGAUGGGCUCUUACUUCGGUAACGCCGUGGCAACCGCCGACCUCAACAACGAUGGGUGGAACGACCUGCUGGUGGGCGCUCCUUUUUACUUCAAUCGACAGCAGGAGGCGGGUGGAGCCGUGUACGUCUACAUGAAUGCAGGGGGGAGGUUUGACUCCGGGCCGAGUGUGGUGCUGACAGGCCCAGCCGGAUCAGCGUUUGGGAUGGCUGUCACUGUUGCUGGAGACCUCAACCAAGAUGGCUUCCAUGACUUUGCGGUGGGAGCUCCGUUCCAUGAGACAGGAAGCGUGAUGAUCUGGAUGGGGAGCAGGGACGGGGUCUCUACAGAACCGAGCCAGGUGAUCCGGGGCAGCAGCAUCUCUUCAAGGUUCAGGACCUUCGGAUAUGCCGUGUCUGCAGGUCACGAUGUUGAUGGGAACAAAUAUCCGGACCUGCUGGUCGGCUCUCUGGACGAUACUGUGGCUCUGCUCAGAACUCGUCCAGUUGUCAAUCUCAACAAGACACUCAGAGUUUCUCCGGAUAUUGUUGACCCACAUAACUGUGACUUCUGUGUCCAGGUGGAGGUGUGCUUUUCCUACAUCUUCAGCAGUGGAAUGAGGAGUGACAAAGACAACAUCACUGUCCGCUUCACUGUGACUGCUGACAUCACCAGCCUCAAGCCCCGCCUCCGUUUCAAGGACAACGGGCAGAUUGUCCACACUGGUUACCUGUCCAUGCCAAAAAGAAGAUGUGAGACCCUGAGAGCCGGACUGCUGAGUCCAAUCCGAGAUAAAGUAGAACCACUGGUGUUCUCCCUGAACGUCUCUCUGUAUGAGAAGAUUCCCAAGAAGAGGAACUCUAUUCAAGACCUCAGACGGCUUCCCGUGCUCAGCCAGAUACCCCAACCCAUAAGAACCCAGAUCCACAUCCAGAAGGCCUGUGGUUCUGACAACCGUUGCCAUAGCAACUUGCAGAUGUCAGCCCAGUUCACUGAUGAGAACCAGAACCCGUUUUCAGAGUUCCAGGGUGGUCAAGUGUUGUACUAUGAUGGCAGCAUGAAGAGGCUGAUCCUGGAGGUCAACGUCAGCAACACGGCAUCAGACGGCCGACCAGCAGAGGAUGCUCACAACGCCGUUUUAAACAUCAGCAUCCCGCCGGCACUCACGUACUCCGGGGUCCAAACUAAGGGUGACGUCUUGGCGAUGGUGGAAUGCUCUGCUGAGGACGCUGCUCUCCUGUGUGAGCUGGGAAACCCUUUCAGAAGAAACCAGAAGGUUCAGGUGUUGAUAAAGUUUCAGCCGUCUGAGAUCAGUUUGGACACGAGGGAGAUCCGGUCUCUGUUGCAGCUGUCCACUCUCAGCGAGCAGUCGGAUCUGUCCCCGGUGUCCGUCUCCAUGAUGGUGGAGUACUCUCUGCAGACGUCGCUGACGCUAACUGAUGUGCCAGGCCCCGCCUCCUUCAGUGGUCAUGUGAUCGGUGAGUCAGCCAUGAAGAAAACAGAGGACAUGGGUAGCCUGCUGAGCUUCAUCUUUCAGGUGAACAUCCAUGGGAAGCCACUGGGUCGCCUAGGCAACCUGGAGGUGGAGUUUGACUGGCCGAUAGAGGUGACCAACAGAAAGUGGCUUCUGUAUCUCACAGAGAUCAAAUUGGACGGCACCUCAGAGUCUCACUGUACUCCACCUGGCAACAUCAUCAAUCCCCUCAACAUCCUUCUGUCAAAGAAGGAGAAGAAGAGGAAGAGGAGUCUGGAGGAGGGAAAGAAGGAGGAAGAGGAAGAGAUGAGUCUCCGUGGCCUCCACCAGCAAAGACAGACAAAGUCCUACAAACUGGACUGCGUCCACGGGGUGAACUGUGUCAGAUUUGUCUGUCCUCUGCUCAACAUGAACAACUCUGCAACUCUGACGGUCAGAAGCCGACUGUGGAACUCCACCAUGAUCGAGGACUACAGUGAUGCGAGGAGUGUGCUGGUUCGAGGCCAGGCCACCCUGAAGCUGCAGACCAACAAGCCCACCAUCAGGAUGGAGCCACAGAGCUCAGAGUUCCAGGUCCUCAUUCAUCCAGAAACUGGACUGCACGUGGACUCUGGCGCCCCUCUGUGGAUCAUUGUGGUGUCUGUCCUUGCUGGGGUUCUGCUACUGGCUCUGAUCUGCCUGCUGCUCUGGAAGUGUGGUUUCUUUGUGCGUCGGGGGGUGUGGCCCAGAGCGCAGCUCCACCAGGGGAGGAUUGUGGGUAAAACUGAGCAGCAGCAGAUGGAUGCCGACGGUUUCCUGAUCCAUGAUCAGGUGACCUCGUCCAGAAACUGGAAAUCCCAGAGACACUGGGUCACUUCCUGGACCGAGACACACUGAAAGACUCACAGUUUCCAUGGAAACACAUCCUAAACCGGACCAAACUGGACCAGACCAGAUGAAACCAGACCAGCACACCGCUGCCAUGUUAAAAGCUCUUCACCGGUUCACCUUCAGCUGAUCAGCUGACGCUUGUGUGUGAACAUUCCCAGCUGACUGAAGGGAUCAGUGAUUAUUGAUCCGAAACAGGAAGUGAGCAGUGUAACCCUGGAUGUUCCUGUAAGGACCAAACAUGGCGGCAGGUCUUUGUUUGUGUGUUGUGAUGCCUUCAUGACUCCUUGUACAGUGGUAUAAAAUAUCCGUGUUACAUUCAGGUGUGGUUGACUUGUUUUGUACAGUUAUGAUAUUUCUGACAGCACCUGAAAGCAGCAUCAGUCUGUGUGUUUUCCUGUAUGUGGAUGACAUUAAACUGUUUCUGUGUUU